AUGUCUGGUUCCACGCCUGUCGACCUUGGGAACACCGCUGACUCCUCAGAUAUUGAUGAAUCGCUGGAGUCGUUUUGUACUUGCCUCACUAAGUUUGUUGACUCGCAUGAGUUUCCCCUCUCAAAAGAUGAGUUGAAAAAGAAGAUAAGUGAGAUAAAGGAUUGGGUUAAGAAGCAGAAAAAGAGGUCCGAUGAAAAAGCAAAGAAAGAACUUGUUCAGAACAUGGUAAAAUUUGCCACAUCAACAAUGAGUGGUAUACAAAAGAUGCGUAGUGGAGACGUCCCUGGAGGCACUUUGGAAAUCAUUUCAGGUGUUGCGGUGUUUAUCGGUGAAGUGCAGGCUGGUAGCCGUAUUGGGGCAGCCAUUGGUGCCAUUAAUGGAACAAUCUGCAGCAUCAUUGGCGCCAUUUUCGGAGCAAGCCAACCCCAGCAGCCAAGCCACAUAGAGCAAGUGGCUGAAGUUGUGCACAGAGAGUUAGUGGAAUUUAACAGCAGGUUACAAGACCAGAGAUAUGACGGUCUGAAACGUCGCGUGUCAGACCAGUCAUCCCAGCUGCAGAAGAUGAAACGAGGUGAAAAACUGGACGAUCCCAACUUGUGGAACGACUACGUGCAGUUUAUGGGAGAACUGGGUAACAGAAUCCAGUCACCAUUGCCUAAGUACGAAGAUAUUUUGGCAAACGAUGCAGAUGUGGCAGAUUUCGUGACAGCAUUAAUGACGUACUGCCAGGCUUUCGGCUGUUUCAACGCGCUUCUAAUUACCGCCAAAGGAACAUUUGCACGUCUUGGAAAAAAGUAUGAAGAGAAUGACGAACAAGCGGAUCGGAAAAUCGACGGCCAAAUGCGAGAUUUAAAAGAGAAAUUGGCUUUCUUGUUUGAUGAAAAUUACUUGACAUUUCUUGGACGACUUCCUUCAGAAGGAGGAAAAUUGAAAAAGUUGGUCGCAUUCAGCAGAAACCAAGCCGCGAGACGCCUUGCGGAGAUGGCCACACGAGGUUUUGGUUUUCAUAAGCUACCUGAUUAUAACACAGUUGAAUCGAAGGCAGAAAUCGUAUCCCGCCAGUCAGUGAAAUUAAAACUUGAGGGGCAUCCAUUUGAAAGGUUCACCAGCUUCGAUUUAGCCGAUUCCUGUUUGUUGCAGUUUAUAAACGAAACUGCAUAUCCCUUAAAGGUAGUAGGCGGUACAGUCCUAAAAAAGAAAGACUCGCCGUUCAGACGAGUUGUUCAGUGUCGUUCUUCGGUUGUUAUACCAGUAACACCAGAUUUUGGAGGGUAUGUCAUCAUCUACAUGGACGGGAAGCUACGUUCAGACGAUGAACCCCAUGGCCCAGAUGUAACUCAUAUUAUCGAACUUGCCUGGUGUUAUUCGGUUGGAGAAAAAGGAGACCCAGGAGUAAAUAUCCAGGACAAAACAGACAGUGAGUUUACUAAAGGCAAGGAUACCUACGACCAAAUGAACGAAAAGGAAAAGACCAUCUAUUGGAAGACAGAAGAAGGUUCGCACUACAUGGCCAAUGCAGAUGCGGCGUACCAAUAUCCGCCGGGUGCCCUUCGGUAUAUGUACCGAUUUCGAUUUUUGUUCCAAGAUUUUGACCCUCUUGACCCUCAUGAUGUUGUUACU